CCUGGAAGGCGGGAAGAUUAUGUUCAAGAAUUGAAGAAUGCCGGCUUAGAGGUUGAUAUUUACGGUGGAUGCAGUAAGCAGGGAUUGACCCUUCCCAGAUCCCGAUUCGAUGAUAUUAAUACAACAUUUAGUCAGUACUUUUUCUACUUUUCCUUUGAAAAUUCCAUUUGCGAAGAUUAUGUGACAGAAAAACUGUUUGCUAAUUAUAACUACGACGUCAUACAAGUAGUCCGAGGUGGAGCGGACUACAAACAGCUACUUCCGACAAAUUCCUACAUAAAUACCGCAGAUUUCGAUAGUCCUGCUAAAAUGGUGGGACAUUUGAAAGCUCUAACGGGCAAUCACACUAAAUAUAUUGAAAUGUUGGUGAAUAAACGAAGUCUUCAGUUGGUUAAGGCACUUGUUGAUAUCGAUCCAAUUUACAGUAAACCAUUUUGUACAUUGUGUGAAAAGUUAAAUAAGUUGGAUGAGAAUAGGAGAGUGUAUACUUCGAUGCAUGAUCACUAUCGAUAAGAUCGCUGCACCUCUUGAUGGAGCCUGGUACUCCUGAUGCCUUUAUUUACAAUCUUCUUGCAUAGUUGUCUUUCACUACCGUGAAAAUAUGGAAAAAGCCGAGCUUUAAAUAUUUAUCAGCUUUGUUUAAAUGUCAGGCACAUUAUCAAAAGAAUAGUACAUUGCAUUAAUUAUUAGUCGAAUCGUUAUGGUAGAUUGAUUUUAAGUUAAACCUUUCAAAUACAAAGUAAAGAGUGUUUUUUUCCACAGAUAUGUUAAACGGUCGCAUUGUUAAUUACAUAAUCAC